AUGGCUGAUCGAGUUCACCCAACCUCUCCACUCUCAAUCGACUCUCAAACGACGUCGUCUGAGAAGACCGCUACUUCAUCUGCUCCCAAAGCAGCUCUAUCCGCUCCCAAAGCAUCUCCACCGGCGGGAACCUAUGUCAUCCAGGUUCCCAAGGAUCAGGUCUACCGCUACCCUCCGCCAGAGAAUGCUCGUCGAUAUGCUAACUACAAUCGCCGGAAAAGUAGCAGGUGCCGUUGCUGCUGUUGUCUCUGUUGGUUCAUCGGCGUCAUUGUAACUUUGAGCGUCCUCCUUGCGAUCGCUGCCGGUGUUUUCUACUUGGUAAUCCGGCCGGAAGCGCCUAAAUAUUCAAUCAACCGCGUCUCCGUCAAGGGAAUGAACCUCACCUCGCAGUCUCCGAUCUCGCCGGAGUUUGGCGUCUCUGUUAAUGCUGAUAACAGUAACCGUAAGAUCGGAAUCUACUACGAGAAGGAUAGCACUGGUGAAUUGUUUUACAGAGACGUUAAGCUCUGUAACGGCGCUUUACCGGCGUUUUAUCAGCCGUCAAAUAAUGUAACGGUGUUUCGGACAGUAUUGAAGGGUAACAACGUAGAGGUGGUGGGAUCGGAUCGGAAAGCGUUACUGAGUGCUGUUAAGAUACAGAGCGUGCCGUUAACGAUGAAGCUGAGGGUACCGGUGAAAUUCAAAGUUGGAUCUGUUAAAACGUGGGCGUUCAACGUUAAGGUUCACUGUGUUGUGACGGUGGAUGAGUUAACGGCGCAAGCGAAGAUUGUUAACAGAGAUUGCGGUUACGGAUUGGAUCUUUGGAAUUGGUGA